GGAUAGAAAAUGGCGACCUAAAUUUUGUCAAAAUAUGUUUGGAGUGUUUUUUAGCUAAAUAAACCCACUUACUGAACCUUGAUUGGGUUUAGCAACCAUUCCAAAUAAUCUAGCAUUGAUGGUAAUGCAUGCAAGGAAAUAUCAAAGGCUAAACGACGGGUAUUAUGACCGAAAUGACUCCCACUCAUACUCGGGCCCUGACAAAUACCCACCGAAAAACUAUUGGCCGGAGAGAGAUCGUGACCGCUACAAAGACCAUGACAGGGGAUCCCCAUACAGUAGACGGAGAGACCGAUCUGACAGCCCAUCUAGUCGCCCAAGCCCUCGCUACCACAACAAAUCUUCUUACCUUGAUAGAAACAGGGAUCGCUAUGACAGAGGUUCAAACCAUUCAAGCCCCGUGUCGCCCUCCGACAGGAAAUCAAAUCACUCCUAUCACAAUGACAGCGAUUUCAACCGCAGUUACAACCACGAUAGAGCUUUUACGAACACUAGAGAGUCUCGCGACAGUGGCAGGGAUGUACGAGACAGGGACAGAGAUUCUCGGGACAUGCGCGAGAGAGACACAAGGGAUAUCAGAGAAGGACGGAAUCAGAUCAGAGAAUCUAGGGAAAGUCGAGCAUUUGGAGAUAGUAGAGAAAUUCAAGAAAGCAGAGAUGGACGAGAAAGUGUGCGAGAAAGUACACGAGAAAGUGUACGGGAAAUGCGAGAGACUGCACGAGAAAGAGGUAGCAAUAGAGAGCGACAAGAUAGCACUGCCAGCAAAGAUGGUACACAGCGAGAACACAAAGUUGAUGUUCAGAAGUCUGCUCAACGACUGUGUGGUGAUUGGUCAGAGCACAUUAGCUCCUCUGGGAAGAAAUACUACUACAAUGUCAAAUCUGAAGUAUCCCAAUGGGAAAAACCUAAGGAAUGGAAUGAGGCCCUUGUCACAAAGCCUGCUUGUGUUAAAGAAAAAGAACGACAGCAGCAAGAUAAACAAAGACAAGCCUAUAACGAAAAAUCAGAUAAAAGAAAACCACAUUCCAGUAGCCAAGCAAGCGAGCGGAAUGAUACAUCACAUCAAAGUAGUUCCGGAGAUAGGACUAAGCACUACCAUAAAGAUAGGCCUGGAGAUGUGGGCCGGACUAACUCUAAUGAUCAUGUACAGCAUCGGAUUGGUGGCAGUAGUGGGCAUUCUAGGCAGCACCACACGCCACACCAGUAUGAUUACUCUAAAGUAGACACUAAAACACAACAUAAACACUCUAGUGGAAAUAGUAAUGGUUAUACUAGCAACAAUGAGCGGUAUGACCGUCAUACUUCAGACCCCCCUCACCAGGCAUUAUUUAACUCACAGAAUUCACAAGAAAGUAGGCUGCAUGAAAAUGAAGACAACCAACAUGAAGAAGAUAUGGACAUCUCACCUGGGUCAACCCCAACUAAUUCACGUCCUCCAUCUCGGCAGUCUCACCCUAGUAGUACCCCACACUACCCCCCUAAUAGCACCCCUGGGAUAAUCCAUGGAACCCCACCCACAUCUACGCCUUCAUAUAAUCACAGCUAUCCCACAGUGAGCACCCCCACAUCUAUGGCAAUACCACAGUUAAUAACACAUCUGGGUGAGAAGACUCUACAGAAAGUAGACAACCAACAGCUCACUCAGCAAGCUUUACAAACUCUUCAGAAGUUGCACAAGGCUCUUAGUACAAGAGUUAGCAAGCAUCAACACAAUACAGGGCACUCUCCUCGGUCAACUAUAGAUCAAUCUCCACAAGUGCAGGUGUCCCCUCACAUGGAGCAGAUGAACCACACCCCCAACUUGGAGUCUGAGAGACACCACCAGGAGCACCAUCCCCUAGGGCACCAGAGCCCACCCUGUUCCCCAAACAGCCACAGAUCUCCAAGGGCAGUGAGUCCUGCUCCCAGUGACGGUAGUUCCCAAGACUUGCCAGCAAAUAGCAGCAACAUCAGUGCUCCACCUGUACAACAGCCCAGUGUUCACCUUACCCCCUCCCUCAGUAACUACUACAAAGACAGCCUACUGGGUCAUGUCAGGGGCUGGCCAGGGGACCAUUUUGACAGACAGGCAUGUCGCUAUGCGGACGAGGCUCACACAAUCGGCAAUCUUCACUGCACCAAGGUCUCUGCUGAUUUGAAGAAAGCACGAUCUUUAGUCAGGGUAGCGGAAAUACAGGCCACCUUACAAGAACAAAGAAUAUUAUUUUUACGACAGCAAAUUAAAGAUCUGGAGAGCUUAAAGAACCAAACAACGUAUAUGCCAUCACGCCCCGUUGCCACGGAGACACCGCCCAAAUAGCACCUCCAGAGCCACUCGGCAAAAUCUAGAGUUUAAAUGCAGUCUUAACAAAGGAUGGUGUUUUCUUAAAUCAUUGUCAUUUGUGUGGCUUCUACAACUAUGUUUUCCUAACGUAUCACUUUUCAUAAUCAUUAAUUCAUUCAUUUUACAUAGCUAUUUCAAAAUAUUGUGUGCUCUGAUCUGUGAAAUUCAAUUGUCUUGUACAAAUUCAUUUCACGAAUCCUAAUUCGUAUUUUUGAGAAAGGGACACCAGGAUAAUUUUCAAUGCUAAUUAGUCUUAAAUUAUAAGUCGUAUUUCUUCAAUUCAUUUUGCUCAUUUAAUUUUAAGAGACACCAUCCUUGUGUAAUCUAGUUUUAUUUUAGAAUUGUAAUAUAUUAUUGUAUAAAAUGUACAUUUGCUGAGUAAUGAAUAAGGCCAGGUUAGGGUAGCUAGUUUUGUCAGAUUGUGGUGAAGAUUUAUGUUGACAUCACCACUAUGUAGGGUUUGGAUAGAGCUAGAACAAAACAUGGAAAAUAAGUGAAAUAUUACAUGAUAACAUAUAGCAUUGUGACAUAAUGAUAAUGUUCUGAUCUUACAAUGACUUGCAUGAUGUACGUACAAGGUAUACUUAAUUUUAUAAAUCACAAUACUUUGUAAAUUAACAGCCUAGUGAAAUAUGUUCCAAAAUGAUUUAUGCAUACAAAAAUCUGUUUGUAUUAAAAAUGAUUUUAUUUUUUUAAGAUGUGAUUAGAAAUGUCACCAGUCCUGGUUUUGUAAUUGAUUAUUUAUUUGUUUUAUCUAUGGUUCAACUUUGCAUUAUCAUGUUUACGCACUGUCUGUCAGUUGCAAGACACAUUCAUACCAUGUCAGUUCUUUCAUUGCUUGUGUACAUAACCAUAUAUCCAUGGUUUUUGGUAUUUCAAU